AUGAGCAAAAAUGCCGAUGACAGCGAGUCGAGUACAGCAGCAAGUGGAUGCUCUCUGUCGAAGGCUUUCGAAAAUGAAUACGGCAGCAACCGACAGACCGAUAUGGAGCUGGACCCGUAA